AUGGCCCAGCCAUCUCAAGAGAAAAAAACCUCAUCUGUCAAUGGAGCUUUCAAAUCAUCCCGCUGUCUCGUGAAGUUGGAUUUGUUGUUAGUUGCCAGUGAUCUGGUUUCUCCUCGCCUACUCAUAAUCAUCUUGUCUGCAGUGUGUGCUUUACUUUCCUCCCUUUAUCUCUCCGUCAGUCCCUUCGUCUACCCCGCUUCCGGCAUUUCGACGAGAAAGCCCAAUUGUGGGCACGACAUCUCUCCAUCAACACCACAAGAUGGCGCGGGUUUAUGCAGAUGUCAACUCGCAUAUGCCCCGAUCCUAUUGGGAUUACGAUAGUGUAAAUAUAUCAUGGGGCGCACUGGAGAAUUAUGAGGUUGUUCGCAAGAUCGGGCGAGGAAAGUAUUCCGAGGUCUUUGAAGGCAUCAAUGUGGUCAACUAUCAAAAAUGCGUCAUCAAGGUGUUGAAACCGGUUAAGAAGAAGAAGAUAAAGCGUGAAAUCAAGAUUCUCCAAAAUCUAUCUGGUGGACCGAACGUCGUCGCGCUUCUCGAUGUUGUUAGGGAUAACCAAAGCAAAACACCUAGUCUUGUCUUUGAGUAUAUCAAUAAUACAGACUUCCGCACUCUUUAUCCCCGCUUUGUCGAUUAUGAUGUCCGCUACUACAUUUUCGAACUCCUUAAGGCUCUCGACUUUUGCCAUAGCAAAGGUAUCAUGCACCGAGACGUCAAGCCGCACAAUGUUAUGAUUGAUCACGAGAAUCGCAAGCUUCGCUUAAUCGAUUGGGGUCUUGCAGAAUUUUAUCACAAAGGUACCGAAUACAACGUCCGUGUCGCCUCACGAUACUUUAAAGGACCUGAGCUCCUCGUUGAUUUCCAAGAAUACGACUACUCUCUUGACAUGUGGUCUCUCGGUGCGAUGUUCGCUUCUAUGAUUUUCCGCAAGGAGCCUUUCUUCCACGGCAUUAGCAAUUCCGAUCAGCUUGUGAAGAUUGCCAAAGUGCUCGGUACCGAAGAGCUCUUCGAAUAUCUUGAUAAGUACGACAUUGAACUAGAUUCCCAAUAUGAUGACAUUCUAUCGCGUUAUCCCAAGAAACCAUGGCACUCAUUUGUUAAUGCCGAGAACCAACGAUUCGUGAGCAACGAAGCUAUUGAUUUCCUUGACAAACUUCUCAAAUACGAUCACGCGGAACGACUCACCGCACAAGAAGCAAUGGCUCAUCCAUAUUUUGCACCUGUUCGGGCGGCUGCAUCGGGUCAAAACAGCGCAGCUGCUCCACAGUCCUAAGUGCUCAAUAGAUCGACACAUUCUGACUCACUCAUAUCGAAACAGCAUUCAAUCUGCUCUAGCAUGCCGGAGUACAUGUGUUCACAGUCAUCGUUUUCUUUCUAUUUAUCAACUCGAAUUUUCAUCAAUAGUGGCAUACCCAUCAAGCCCUCUGAUACAGCUACCCAACCCGGUGACAGGCAGUGAUAGCUCAGAGAGUUGCCAAUAGCUAAGACACGUUUCAUUUCGGCACCUGCUAGCCGCAAUUAAUCCUCAAUAUAUCCAACAUCAACGAACUAUAACACGCAGUCAUACUCCUUUCUACUCCCAUGAUAGUUUCCUAUACGAGCCGGUGGCCGAGGCGUCUGGGUCCUAUUGAUGAUUUGGUCUUAUGGAUAUUCAUGUAUCACAUUGACUCGGUGAUGUCUAUGAGUCAAUGCAGCGUAUGUGGCACGGGCUUAUAUUCUUUAUAUUCCAUCUAAUGGCGAAAAGAUGAUUUUUGCAUAACGAUUACUGUUGCUAUACAAUUGCUUAUCUGAGUCGUAGUCCUGGUGUGUUUCGUCUUAUCGAUAACAGAGCAUGGACCACGUGACCUUCUAACAUGUUUUGCUUCCUCUUUUUGAAUUGAUAUUGUCCUUUUGCAAAUCAACAAACAAUUAUCC